CCUCUCCAGGAGCUGCUUCCUAUAUUCGUCCCCCCAAGUGCACUGGCAACGACAACAGUAGCCCGAAUCACGCAGUAUCGCAUCACGGUACGAAAUGUCAAUAACACCGAUUAUCACCUUCAAGGCCGGCAUUUGCGAUGUCGAUCAAUCCUCAAAACCGUUCAAGGUCAAAGCUCGGCCAACGCCAGGCUACAUCUACCUUUAUUCCGAAGAUGAACUAAUUCAUUUCUGCUGGCGGCCUCGAAACGUGCCCCUCACCGAGCCCGAGCUCGAUCUGGUCAUGGUGCCCACGGACGGCCAUUUUGUACCAUACGACACGCGCGCCCCGAGCCAUGCGACCUCCAAGACCAACGGCCGCAUCUUCGUCCUCAAAUUCUCCUCGUCUUCCCAGAGACACAUGUUCUGGCUCCAGUCAAAGCCCCAGGGUCGCAGCGGAGACCCGGCCUGGCUCAGCCCGAGAGAUUUGAAGAUUGGAGAGAUGGUUGACAGGCUCCUGCAGGGUGAGGAGGUGGACGUGAACCGCGAGUUGGCAUCGAUCCGCAACAAUGACGACGACAGCCGGCGGGAUGCCGACGAUGACGAGACCAUGGAAGACGUUGAGGGCCACGGCGAUCCACAUGGGCAUCACGGAAGCGGUGAUGGAGGUGCCGGCCCAGACGCCACCGGUGGUGACUUCCGGCAGGAAGGCGAGGAUGCAAGGGAAGGAGGAGCAGACGGGGCCCGCGCGGCAAGCAACAAUGAUGCUGCCGCCGCGGUCCGGAACUUUCUCGACUCCCUCAAGGGCGCCCCUGGGCUUUCUGGCGGCCGAACCGAGGGCAAGGACUAUCCCCUGCUCAACGACCUCCUUGAGACAUCCGUUACUAUUCCCAUGCUCGACGCGGCUACCGACGAAUACGUCGACAACUUGCUGGGCUAUCUUCCCCCGACAGUGCUCGUUAUGUCCCAGCAGGGAGAGGAUGCAGACGCCAUCAGCAGAGAGCCCGGCGCGGAAUCUGUUGAGGCUGCCAAGCAGGCUAUGAGCUCGGACCAAAAGCGCGCACUCCUCAAGAAGGUCCUCCGCAGUCCGCAGUUCAGCCAGAGUCUUCUGUCCCUCACGAUUGCCCUUAGGGACGGGGGUCUGCCGAGCAUUGCCGAGGCCCUAGGCGUUGAGGUGGAGAACCGCGGCCUCGUCAGAGGCGGAGCUGUUCCCCUUGGCGGCGGUGAAGCCGUUGAGGCCUUUGUGGAGGGCGUGAAGAGGACGGUGCAGAAGAAGUAGGUAGCAUGGGAGAAUCUUGACACGGUCCUUGACCCCUUACGCCCCAGAGACUGUUAGGCACCUCGCCGGCUCUGUAUUAUACGCCCCGGACAGAUACGAAUGUGCGUCGCACACCUCAAAUAGAGCGGCUCUCUGUCUGAAUACUAGUUGUCCGCCCGGCCUCUGGUUGAUUGCUGCACAACAGAUACUGUACAUGGUACUUGUCGACAGUUGAAUGCUACGUAUCCUUCGUAUCG